GGGGGUGUUGGCGUAGUGGAGAGGACGAGACCAGUAGUAGUGGAAUCGCACCUCGUCGGCCCACGGGCACACCGUCGACAGCUCCCCGCCGGCCGACUCCGGCAGCAGCUCCUCCACCGCCGCCGCCGCCUUCUCCGACAGGUACUUCUGCAAGUACAACACUCCGUGUUACUCUCUAGCUGCAGCCUCUUCAGGUGCUGUGCGAGGAGAGGAGGAAGGGGAUUAGCAAAGCCAUGGUGUGCGGAGACCUCGGCGAUCUUGCAGACGAUGAUGUGGCCCUGCUUGCCCCACGCCUCCGCACGCCGAGGCGCCGCGGUGAGGGAGACGACGGAGACGAAGGCGGCGAGAGGCAGCAGCCGGAGGCGGAGCAGAGGCGCUGCGAGUGCCAUCUCCGGUGGUGGUCAGCUCAGCCUCGCCGGAGUGGUUGGGUCGUGGGCUAUUUAUUGGGCGGAGAAAGAGCACGAGAGGAGAAGGUAACGUAGCGGUGGCAUGGGCUGGGCUAGUGGGCCAAGAUUAUCCGGAUGGGCCGGAUGCUUGUGAUGCUGAGGGCAAUUUCGGCCCAUAAAUUUUAUACAGAUUUUUAUCAUGCCGACAACAGUCUCUGGCGUUUUUAUCGGAGAAAAUUUCCAGACUACGACAUGAUACAUUGCUACUCCUGCCAAAUUUGUUGCUCCAUUUUUUUUCUCAUGAAAUCAAUUGGUGAGGCUGAUUUUCAUACAACGACAACACUGGCUUUGUUUGAGUUCAUUGUACAUGAAGAUUAAGUGUAAAACAUGUAAAAUGAGAAAAUCAUUAGCUUGAUUAAGUUUAAAUUAUUUUGAACUUAAAAAAUGGAUUUAUCUGAUAUUUUAUAGUAAUUUAUAUAUAUAUUUCUUUUUUUUUGCAAAAAAAUGUAUUGUUUAGCAUUUUGAAAAGUAUACUAAUGGAAACCACGAGUAAAAUAUGUAUCUUAAUAGAAAAAAAAGGGGCAAUACAGCUAUGCAGCUAGCUGUUGCAUUCAUCCUGCAGGAGAAAAACACACACACUGAAUAACAAACACUGCUGUGAAUGCACGGACAUGGCACCAGGAGGGUCCAGCAGUAGUCAGGCGUGUGCAUGGGUAUGAACAUGGCCUCAAUUUUCAGCAGCGUGUGAACGAGAUUGCCGGCCGUGCAUGCUCCGUAGUUCCGACAGAUUCCUCAUCCUCUUUCCCUUUCUUAAAAUAAUGGCGCGAAAUGAUACAAUAUUCCGGAAUUCCUAUUGGGUGGGUGAUCGCUCCUCCAUCCACCCAGCGAUCACUCCCCUGCCUCUCUCCUAUACUAUAUACUCCUCCCUCCUCUCCCCCCUUCCUCCUCCCCUUCUUCUCUUUCUACUACAGUACACCACACAAAACUUUUUAAAAAACAAAAGUUAGAAAAAUUUAUGUAUAGAAAUACUAUUUAUAAAAAAUUUGAAUUCAAAUUCAAAUUUGAAUUGGGCAUGUAAACUUUUGACUUAUAAACUUUGGAUCUAUACAUUUUAGGUGUAUAAACUUUAGAUGUAUAGAAAUAAUAUAUAUAGAAAAUAUUUGAAUUCAAAUCCAAAUUCAAAUUUGAAUUUGAAUAUAAUUCAAAUUCAAAUUUGAAUCGGGUAUAUAAACUUUAGGUGUAUAAACUUUAGAUGUAUAGAAAUACUAUAUAUGAAAAAUAUUUGAAUUUAAAUUCAAAUUUGAAUCGGAUAUUUGAAUUCAAAUUCAAAUUUAAAUUGGAUAUAUAAACUUUUGACUUAUAAACUUUAGGUAUAUAAACUUUAUGUGUAUAAACUUUAGAUGUAUAGAAAUACUAUAUAUAUAUAUAAAAUAUUUGAAUUCAAAUUCAAAUUUGAAUCGGAUAUAUAAACUUUUGACUUAUAAACUUUUGGUCUCUAAACUUUAGAUGUGUAAACUUUAGGUGUAUAAACUUUAAAUGCAUAAAUUUACUAAAGUAGGAAAGUAAUGAGGUGCCAAAAAAGGAAACAGGUGGAGGGAGGGAGGGGGGGCGGGGGGCGACCCGAUCGCUACCAGGUAGGUAGGAACUACCCCACUAUUCCCGCUUAAAAACCCCAUCACCGAGGCACUGAUACUGAUCGAUCGUCUAGCUAGCUUCUUCUACCUCGCAUCCGAUCAGGAAUUCAGGAUGCAGCAGUCGAUCAUGUCGACGCUGCCCCUUCUGCUGCUGCUUCUCUUCUCCUCGCUCUUCCCUGCUCCCUCGCACGCCUGGGGAAUCCAUGGCCAUCUCAUCGUCUGCCAGAUCGCGCAGGGCCGGCUGAGCGACGCGGCCGCCGCGGCGGUGAGGGGCCUGCUGCCGUCGUACGCCGGGGGCAACCUGAGCAGCCUCUGCUCCUGGGCCGACGGCGUCAAGCUCAGGUACCCCUGGUCGGCGCCGCUCCACUACAUCGACACCCCGGACCACCUCUGCAGCUACACCUACGACAGAGACUGCAAGGACGAGGAUAGCUUCAGGGGGAGGUGCGUCGCCGGCGCCAUCAACAACUACACCUCCCAGCUCCUCACCUAUGAUGCAACAUCCCCUUCUACUCAAUAUAACCUGACACAAGCACUUCUGUUCCUUGCACACUUUGUGGGGGACAUCCACCAGCCGCUUCAUGUGGGGUUUACCUCCGAUAAAGGAGGAAACACCAUUGAUGUGCACUGGUAUACAAGGAAGACUGUUCUCCACCAUGUUUGGGAUGACAACAUCAUCAAAACGGCAGAAAACGACUACUAUGGGGAAGGCGUGGCUGAAUUUGUCGAUGCACUGAUGCAGAAUAUAACGGGAGAAUGGUCACAACGAGUGCCAGGAUGGGAAGAAUGCAGCAAGAACCAGACCACAUGCCCAGACACGUAUGCAUCUGAGAGCAUCGCUGCAGCAUGCGACUGGGCGUACAAGGACGUGACAGAAGAUUCACUCCUGGAAGAUGCAUAUUUCGGGAGCAGAUUGCCGGUUGUGAAUCUCAGGCUAGCGCAAGGCGGCGUCAGAUUAGCUGCCACUCUGAACAGAAUAUUCAGUUAAAGGAAGACGAACUGCAUACAUCAGACAGUUCUCUCUCGAAGGAAGAUUUUUAUUUUCUCUGUUUUGCUGUGUGCCAAAAUCUCGAGAGAUCAAUUUUACUAUUUCCUUGUCAUGAUAAAUCGAAAUAUAUUCUUGAGCAUGUGUGAAAUGGGACUUAUUCCAAAAUAUGUGAGUGUACAUGCGCA